AUGGAUGUCUCCAGCUCUCUUAUCCAGCUUCAGGAUAACUCUGAGUUUCUGUUCAACUGUGAGGGCCUCUUGGAGCAAAGCCUCUCUGCUUCUGACGCCGGCUACUACAGCGCCUGCAGCAGCCUCUCCCCGGCUUCCUCCAUCGAUUCCUGCUGUUUCUCUCCACCAGCUUUCCAAUAUGGAACAGGACAGGAAAGCUUUCCAGAGAUCUUCCCUUCAAAGAACAAUGAAGAAGAAAAGACGAAAAUCGGCAAGGUGGCCAAAAAGACCGGAAGACCGAGGUCGAAGUUCCCUGGACUGAAGCGGCAGAGUGCGAGCGAACGGGAGAAGCUCAGAAUGAGGGAUCUCACCAAAGCAUUACACCAUCUCAGGACCUAUCUGCCUCCAUCAGUGGCUCCUGCUGGACAGACGCUGACCAAGAUCGACACUCUGCGUCUCACCAUCCAUUACAUUUCCUACCUGUCGGCUCAAUUGGAGCUCGACCAAGAAAUGCCGGCUCAUGGAAGUCUUUCAGCACCAAUGCAGGCUCCAAACUUGCCAACGUUCUGUGAACAGAGCUUUAAUCAAGUGGCUCCACAAACACCAAGCUUCUCCACACAGGAGGUCUUCAAUAUGCCUUAUUGUCAGAAUGCAGAGACCAGCAGCCUGCCUUCAUCUCCAGCUCAGGAUUACUGGAUCCCCCAGCAGCAAUACUGCUAUUAUGGACAAUGCUAA